CUUGAUCAAGCUAGGACAUGGCAAGUGGGCAUGGAUGGGCCAAAUGUAAAUUUGUCAUUUUUUAAAAAGCUCCAGGAACAUCGUACAGAGUACAAUUUGCCAUCACUGUUGGAUCUUGGAACAUGUGGGUUACACAUAGCCCAUAGAGCCUUCCAGGUUGGAGCAAAAUCCACCGAUUGGAACCUUGAUCAGUACCUCCUUAAAGAAUAUAAACUUUUCAAGGAUUCCCCAGCUCGCCGCGAAGAUUUUGUAACCUAUACUGGCUCAACAGUUUUUCCAUCCAAAUUUUGCAAUCAUAGAUGGUUAGAGAACCUUGAUGUAGCUAGCAAAUCACUUAUGUUGAUUCCAAACAUACAGGAAUAUUGUACUCAAGCAAAGCUUAGAAAGACAGAGCCCCAAAAGCAUGAAGACUACAAUCUGGUGCAAGAAGUAGCAAUUUCAGACAAUCUCUUAAAGGCUAAACAUCUAUUUUGGAUCACCAUUGCUCGGGAUUUUCAACCUUUUUGAAGUUAUAUCAAGCAGAUAGACCACUCAUACCGUUUCUGGCAUCAGACCUAGAGAGCCUUCUAAGAAAUAUCAUGGCACGGUUCGUAAAGGAUGCAGUAAUGGAAAGUGCUAACUCAUAUCUCAAACUUGCAGAAGUGGACAUUUUAUCAACAGAUAAUACCAAGUCAGCGAAAUCAAUCGAUGUUGGCAUUGCAACAAAGAGGGAAUUAGUUAGCUUACGUCGAGAUGGUAAAAUCACACAAAAAGAAGAGCUCGAAUUCAUGGUUCAUUGUAAGACAUUUCUCACUCGUACAACAGAGAAGAUGUUAGAAAAGUGCCCCCUGAAGUACCACU